UAGUCCAGCGAUUGAAGACCCACAGGCAGUUUUACAGAAAGUUGAGGAGCCAACCUGUUUGAAAGCUGCAUGGGAGCUGAUGGAAGUAUUUUAUGCAGACAAGCUAUCUCAAGCAUGGCUACCUGAACGUCUUGUUGAUUGGUUAACUGAUUAUGAUAGCCUUCUCUCCUCUACACAAGCAACAAUCCAUUUGAAAGUUGUGGAUUUUCAGAAAGAGCUUGUCACUUUACAGGUUAUUGAGGAUAAUACUAAAUAUUGGGAAGUAAUAUCAUCAGCAUUAGCUGUUGGCUGGCUAGAUGUUGUGGUGAAAAUGUUGCGCUUGCAUGGAUCUUAUCUCCUAGAUCAGAUUGGCAAUCGUGAGACAGAGAAUGGACUGGUAGAGGCAGUUGCUGUUCUUAUUUCCAAAAUGCCACGCAUGCGUCCUGAGCUGGAAUCUGGAAAAUUGGGUGAAUGCUAUAAAGCCAAGCCAGAUUUUAUCAAGGCUUGGGAGAAAUGGCGGGCACAAAUUACUAAGCUGGAGAGCAGUGCAUUCUGGGUUCACUGUGAUCACCACCGGACCAGGGAGGGCUUGAGAAAUAUGCUACAAAUCAUGCUGGGAAAUAUUAACAGUCUCUGCACUGCAACAUGUCAUUGGAUAGAGCUGUACAUUUCUCACUUUCUUUACAUAAGGCCAUUCACGGUGGGUUUAGAAAGUAUGUAUAGCCUAGCCAAGAAAUGCAUGCAGUUAAAACCAAUGACCAGUUCCCAUACGUUGAUAGGACUUGUGAUUGGAAUUCUAGGAGAUAAUACUGAGGUUGUCUUAGCUGAAUGUUCCAGAUCAUUUGGCCCUUGGAUGGUUGCCCAUGCCCUGGAGUUGUUGACUGCUGGGAGUGAUGAAGCGGAAACUCUUCUACAAGAAGAGCGUUAUAACUUGGGUGGAAUCAGCAUAGAGGAACUCCAUCGACUUGUCUAUGCUCAAGUUCUAUCUUUAGAUGCAUUGACGUGGCAACUAGCUCCAAUUUAUUUGACGUCAUGCAUGAAGCAGGGAAUGGGUUUGUUAGAGAUUUUAUUGAGCAAGCAACCUGUUCAACAUACUCAAAUAUUGCUUAAGAUUAUAGAGAUAUGCCGUAUAUAUGAACUUGACAGUAUUAGUUCAAACAUUAUGAAGAUUGCUGGAGUAUACCAUUGGAAGCAUGGUAGGAAAGGUUCUGGAGUAUUUUGGCUUCAGCAAGCCCGGGAUGAAGUACGUCUUAAUAGGAUUGCCCUGCAGUUGUUUGAUUCUGUUGGACAAUCGAUCUCUGAUGAAAGUUUCAAGCAAUGGGAGGGAUUGAUUGAAUUGUUGGGUUCUGAUUCCAAGACUGCUGGCGGUCUUGAGUUUUUACGCAAGUAUAGGGAUUUUAAAAAAUCCCUGAAACAGGUUAAUGAUGGAAAAACUACUGAUGUUGCUCGGCAAGCUGUAGAGUCCCUCAUAUCACUUAUGAAAAACCCAUCUACACCUCAGCGUUUUUGGCUGCCUCUUCUGUAUGACUCGUUGAAGCUGCUCAGCUGGCAGGAGCAUCCUCUGCUAAACGUCACUGAGACCAACCUCUUGUUGAAUAAAGUGCAAGAGUUGUCGAUGGCAAGGCUGCGACCGGACUUCAUUGAAGCCGAGUUGCCACCGCAAGCCUUAGGUGGUGUUAGGCUAGCUCUUGCUACAAAUCUUGGACGUGCUAUCCUGGAAGAAAAAUGAGGGCCUACUCUUUGAAUGACUAGUUUGCCAUCUGCUUGCUGGGGCUGUCGGACAGCAUGUGAACUGUAAAGGGCUGUUUCAAUAGGUAUUGUAUCCUGCUACUCUUAGUUGCAUAGCAGUCUAACAAAAGGUUUGUUCUUUGUUGCGAAAAAGGGGUUUCAAUAGCUGUAGCUGUUGUAAAUUUAUAUGAUAUUCACCUGAGUUAUUCACUUAUCAAAUUUGUUGAGAUAAAGAAAGAGAGGAUAUUAGGUUCUUCUGCCUU